UACCGCAGGUGCUAGUCAGAGAGAGCUAUAGCUAACCGGCUGCGGGUUUAUUAUUGUUUUUAUUGAGUUUUAUCGCUAGUUUAUACAGUUUCUGUAGUGUGUAUCAGCUCUAUAACCCGUGUAUAUUAUAUCCGGGUGAUUAAGCUCUGUGUUGAGCGCGCGCUGUGUGUGUUUGUGGCUGUAGUUAGGGCGGGUUAUUAGAGCUGUGUGUUUGGUUGUUAGCUGGAGGCUAAGCUAACCGCGGAUCUGCAGGCAUGGCCAGUCCGGGGAAGUCGCUCAGUAAACCGGGUAAAAAAGAGCCCCGGUCCCGCUCCCCCUCCGAUAAGAAACAGGGGAAGCUGAUGGAGGAGUCAUUAUCCAGCGUGAGUGAAGAACAGAUCAGUAGCUCCAUUCUGAAGGGGGACGAUAUUCAGGCUCUGGCCAUCAAACCUGAUCAUCUGGAGAUGAUCCGGGCUCCUCAACCUCCAAAGGAGCCCCUGAAGCCCCGCCUAUCAAGCCGAGUACUGGUCCGUAAGACACGCCCCUGUGAUGAGGUCAGAAAAGGUGUGAGCGUUUCCGUGGCGAGACCUCUUCUAAAGGAUGCUACACUUGAACCACUGGAAUACACAGGUCCAGGAGGCCCACGCUUUGAUGAGCAGGGCAUGGUCCUGCCGCACAGCAUCCUGGGAAGUCUGGAGGACUUCAGAAGAGAGAUGGAGGACAGAGGAGAGACAGAGCUUGUUAGUAGAAUUCCUGAUCAGAAGACACACUGCCCUCUACAGGCUGGAGCUCAGCAGAGGAAUGGGAAGAUCAGAACCCAUAAACAGGGUGGGUGGGAUCCUCAGGGCCACGCCCUCCAGCACUGGAAUUACCACAUGGCUGAGAGACGCCGCCAGCAGAACUUCAUCGCCCAUCUGCUGGAGAAGCCGGUGGAGGAGCUUCUGAUGAACCAGUCGAACAGAUACAGGGAGAUUCAGGAGCAGAGAGAGAUCAUCAGCAGAGGCCUGCCUGCCCUGCACCCCGGACAUGGCAGGCGUGUGGGCAGUGAGUUCUGGAGUGUUCCUCAGCGUUUCGGGGACGAGCUGAGCGGAAUCACGGCCACGCUGACCCAAACUCAGAAAGGCAACCCGCCGCCCAUCACACACAUCACUCAGCCGCUCAGCGCCCGCCGGGAGUCAGGUAACGAGGUGUCGGAUGGUGUGGUCAGUAGGGCGUGGAGUCAGAGUCAGUACCUGCACUAUCGCCAACAUGAACUCAGAGACAUACUGACUGAGAUGGACUACAACCAACCGGAUAUGGAUGAGUUGGAGGUGGUGGGCUCCAGUCAGCCCUACACUUCUCUUUCAGAAGAACAGUCUGCUCUACUGGAGGAGGAAGAGCAGGGCGAGGGAGAAGAGGAAGAAGAAGAAAGGAUAAACGGAGAUCAUAAAGAGAACGAAGAUCCACUGGAGUUUUAUGAUGAUGUGAUGAUGGAGGUGGAGCUGAUUCCUGCUCUGAGGCUAUGUGGGGAACUGGCCUGCUGGACUGGAAACGCUACAUCUAAUGAGGAGGAAGUGGGCGUGGUCGUACGGCUGCUGUUUGAAGCUGCAGUAGGUGAGAGUGUGAGUUCUGAGCUGGAGCUGAAGAACGAGGGCAGCACUGCCGUCUAUUACAGCUGGCACAGACUGGCAGCGCCACCCAGCUUCACCCACACCAGAGCCCAGAGACACAGCCAGAACUUCUACUUUAACACUGCUACAGCGGUGAUACUGCCCGGUGAUGUGGAGAGGAUUCUGGUCACCUUUAAAAGUGCUUGUCCGGGGAUUAUGAGUGAGGUGUGGCAGCUCCACACCCACCCUGUUCUACUGGGCGGAGCUUCGCUGCAGGUCACACUAAGGGGCGUGGCUCUGUACCAGGACAAAACAGCUGAGAAGAGAGCAGCUAUAGAGGAGGAACUGGAGCGGCGUGUGGCUGUAUCUGUGUGCAAAUCUUUAAUUUGUGAUGUUUUGCGUAAUAUUCACACUCCAGAGAGACCCAGCUCUCCUGUGGAAUUGUACAUUACAGAGGAGGAGCACUUCUACAACAUCAACCCCAGCCUGCAUUACCACAGCCAACCAGUGGAGGCGCUGAAGAGACUGUGGGAGGAGGCGCACAGAUUAAAAACUACAACAGCAGAAGAACAUCAGCAAACACCUGCAGAAAUUCCAACCUGGGAUCUGUGCAUGGAUCAUCUCCGACAGGUGGUGCUGUCGCUCCCACAAGAUGAUGCUGAUUCUGAGGGGGCGGGGCUAUGCAGGGAAGAGGCUCUGAGCCAAUACAAUGCUCUUAUUCUGCAGCUCCACCAAUCACAGCUCACAAUCAAACCUCUCACAGCGCACAGCAUUGGGCUGCAGAUGUGGAGGGAGCUGUGUGAUGGUUUGGUCUCUGAAGCUGUACGGCUGAGACUCAUACUGGGACUUCCUGAGAACAACACCUGGGGAGACAAUGAGAAAGAUCAAGACAAUUUGGCAGCGCAGAAGGAAGAUGUGAAGGAGAGAAAAGGAAUGUCCUUGAAUAAAGAGGAGAAGAAGGGAGGGAUCAGUAAAGAGAAGGAGGAGAAGAAAGGUGUGUCUAAACCUGCAGGAAAGGAUAACCCUGCAGCAGAGGAGCGUUCUGGAAAUAAGAAGAAGGUUCUAGAAGAAAAGAAGGUGGAGAAAGAUGUGAUCAGAGAGUCGUCCCUCACCAGCAUCAGCUCAGAGGACGAUACCAUCCAUUCACAACUACAGCAACACUACACACACACACUGCACCAACAGGUUUAUGUUCUGAUGGAGAGGAUGGUUGAUUCUCUGUGUGAUCUGCUGGAAGAAGCUCAACAAAAAGAAGUUACUGAAACUAAUCAGUGUUUUUGAGGCAUUUUUCCCAUUUUUGAGAUAUACAUAUAUUUUUCUCAAUGAUAAGAUUACAAUAUUACUGAGUUCAUAUGCAAUAAAAUCAUAUUUUCUCA